AUGGCUUAUUCUCGUUCAACACGGGACUUUGUUGCACUUUCAGAUCUGCAUCCAAAUCUUGCUUGUCCUAAUGUAAUCGGUGUGGUUAUUGGGAAAACAGAUGUCAGAGGCUUUCCAGACAGAAAAAACAUUGGGGCCGAAAGAUACACCUUCGGUUUUACUAUUCGUGAUUCACCAACUUAUUUUAUAAAUGUAAAUUCUUGGGGCAGAGAAGAGUAUAUUAGAUCGCUUUCAGAAAGCUUUCGAGUUGGUGACUGUGUUACAAUUGAAAAUCCUUUAGUUCAGUCAAAGGAAGCAGAAAGGGAAGAAAAAUUCAGCCCUGCAACUCCUAGCUGCUACAAAUUAUUGCUCAGCGAGACUCACUCAGCGGUCAAAACAUCUUCAUGUUACGAAACGGACCCCAAGCUACUUUCUCUGUUGCAUCUGCCUGUCAAGGACCCUCAGGACUAUUACUCACUGGGUGAUAUCAUUGCGAAUGGACAAAGCCUCGAUGGAAGAAUCCUUAAUGUGCUUGCAGCUGUAAUGUCAGUUGGGGAGCCAAAGUACUUUAUGACUUCAGACAAAAGAAAAGGUCAGAGGUGUGAAGUAAAGCUGUAUGAUGAAACAGAGAUGUCCUUUCCAAUAGUAUGUUGGGAUAAUGAAUCUAUCCAGCUUGCGCAGAGUUGGAUCCCGCGAGAAACAGUAAUAUUUGCAUCAGACGUGAGAAUAAACUUUGACAAAUUUAGGAACUGUAUGACUGCAACUGUGAUAUCAAAGACCAUCAUUACAACUAAUCCAGAAACAGCAGAGGCAGAUGCUCUCUUCAGCUUCAUAAAAGAGAGUGCCCAGUCAGGAGCUUUGCACGAUAAAAUGGAGGAGCAGUCAAAAGAAUCCAUUAACUUGGAGACCAUAGUUGAUGUUUAUACUGUGGAACAGCUGAAAGAAAAAGCUUUACAGAGUGAUGGGAAACUUGAACCGGUCUAUGGCAUUAUUUAUGGCUACAUUUCUACACUGGACCUUGAUGAUAAUGCAUCUAAAGUUAUUCGCAACAGAUGUUCAAUAUGCCGCUUUCUGGUGAAUGAAACGUCAAACACGUGCACUUUCUGCCGUGACAUCUCCUCAAAGUCAACUUUUGCGAGCUUUGACAUACUCAUCGAUCUGACGGACCACACAGGCACCCUUUACUCUUGCUACCUGUCUGACUGCGUAGCUGAGGAAACGUUAGGCUGCACAGUCCCUGAGUUUCUCGCUCUAACGGAAGCCAAGAAGACUGCAUUGAAAUGGCAACUUCUUUUGGAACGGAGCAAGAUUUAUUUUAAAGUCACUUUGUCACCCAGUUGGAGAACCGGACUGAAAGUGAACGUUCUUUCAUGCAAACUGGCAGAUCCUAUAGAGGCCAGUCAGAGCUUGUUGGGAAAAGAGACUGGAAAUAAGAGGUUACACUACACAGCUUGAUAGCAGCUAGGAAAAAGACUAGUUUUUCACUGUGUUAUUAGAGGCAGAAUGCUGCUGUUGUCAUAUUUUGCUAAAUAUGUUCUGAUGAAGAAGGAAGUGCAUUACUAAUCCCUGUAAGUGGGCUUCUGUAUUGACCUUUUUCAGGUGAUUGUACCUUAAAAAUUGUC